AGAAGGAAUGCCAAAAUGGAGACUAAUCAACAAAAAAUGAAUAAUGGAUCAAGAUUUUCCUUGAUUGCUGAUUUGAAUGAGGAAUCAGGGGAUGGUACAGCUGGAAAUAUGGAUGGGAAGUCAUCAAGUACAAUAAAUGCUAUUAUGCCCAGGUUAGGCUUUUCCUUGGGUGAAGCUAGUGGGCUAUCUUUGAGUAGGUCCAAAAACAAAAGGAAAGAAUUGCAAGGAUCUGGGCUAAGGAAGAAAGGAUUGAAUGGGGUUAAGUUUGGAUCUAGUGGGCCACAACAUAAAAGUGAUCAAGUUAAACAAUCACGUGAGGAAACUAGUCUUCACAAAAUUGGGACAAUGGUCGCUUUUCAGGCAUUAGGUGAAAACAAGAAAAUUGCAGAAGAAAAGGGGAAUCACAGGGUGGUUGUGGUGGAGGAGAAUUGGGACCCAAAUAUUAUGGUGGUUGAGGGUGAGAGCACGUCGAAUAAGUCGAGUUUGAAGUUUUUGGAAGGUGGACCAUCUUCCUCUGUCCCGCCGGAAUCGUCUACUGUGAAAUGGGCUAGGUUCAGGGACCAAAACCAUCAUGGGUUGCGAAACAAGAAGAAGGUUGAUGCUAUGAUGCCGGUGGUGGAUCUAGUGGAGAACAUCUCUGAGCAGAUUGGUUCUGCGAUAAGGAAUAUUGAAGUGCCAAGAGAAUAUGGGAUGGAGCUAUUGGAAGUAGAAGACGCGGAGGGGAACUUCCAGGCUAAAUGUUAAAUUCGAGAAACCAGGAUAAGUGGGGUUCGAGCAGAUUCAAUUAUCUUGAAUUUGGGUUUUAAACUCUCUCAUAGAGUGGAGGCACGAUGUUUUGCUGGUGGUAUUUGGGUGUUAUGGAAUGAAUCCGUUUCGAUAGAUAUCUAGGUAAGCCAUUACCAAUUCAUUCAAAUGUCACUCUUUAUGGUUCAAAAGGCCAAAACAUUUAAUUGGACAGUUGUAUAUGGGAGUCCAGAUGUGAGGAAACAUGAAAUUUCAUGGAAUGCUCUAAGUAAGAUAGCAAGGGUUAUGAAGGAACCUUGGAUGCUAGUGUAAAACCCCUAACUCGUAUCUGUCGCCAGAUUUGGGUUACGAGACAUUACCGGGCAAAAUACAAUUCAGAACAGUUUCUCGUUUUAAA